AUGUCGCGUUACUCUCGUGGUCGCGGUCGAGGUAUGUCAAUCAACUGGCAGGCCAACCAACGAAAGAGCGCGAGCUCGGCCCCAGGUCUCCAAAAUAGCGCAGCCUUGGGACAGACGCUUCACUUCAUCACGAAGAUCAAGUUGCAGGAACUUGAGAAGCAGCGUCUAGCUUUCGAGGCACACGCAAAAGUCCUUGAGGAAGCGAACAACACCACCGAUCUCACGCAGCGGGUUGAGUUGCUUCUCAAGGCUGUUCGAGAUUGGAGUGGAUCAGGUGGAUUCAAGGAUCCCACCGCGAAACAAAUCGUUGGCGGCAAGCUUGACUUGGAACACCUUGAUCUCUGGCUGCGCCAGAGUAAGAAGGAUCCGUGCUUCAGUCCCAGCAUCAUUCGACACUGGGGUGACACCCUGGAGGCGCAUAUCCGACAUAACCUGUCUCGCUUCAAAUACGCGCAUCUUUUCGGAAGCUUGCUUACUGAAUGGACUGGGAGCGGGGAUUCCGUCACUGGACUUCUAGACGUCGAGGCACCCGAAGCAUCGGCUUCCAGCACGCCAACAUCUCAGGAGGAGUUCGUGGACAUGGGGAGGAAGGAAAUGGUGGAGCAGAUGGAGCAGCUUCAAGAAAUUAUCUUCACGCCCGCCGCGAUCGACGUGCCCGCGUACCACUCGUAUCUGGAUGGCCUUUUCUCGACUGACAUCGGCAAGGAAGUGCUCACGUCCGUCAGAGAUAAAAUCAAAGCAGCCUCUGUCCAACUCCAGCACGAGCGGAUUACUGCAGCUGAUAUGUCUUGGACGAUUCAAUCGGCACUCUCAUCGGACUUGAUGAACGAAGCGAAACGCGCGACGUUGAAGGAGAUGGCUGCGAGUACCGUCGUUCUGGAGGAAUUGGCGAGUGUGUUAACGAUGCGUUUGGCGGACUUGGAGUCAUGGACAUGGCCUGCAGAUGGUAUCCUCGUCGAUAUGCGCCGUGCUCUGAACGGGAAAUACCGGGCCUUUACCGAUCCUGAUAUUCUCGAUGGCCUCUUCCUCGAGUACAUUGGCGUCAAGUGGCAAAUCACCUUCAAAUCGGCGUUCCAAUCGGUCUUCUCUUCUAAGCUCUGGAAGCCAUCCAUUCCCUUCAUUCCCCGCAAAGAGCUCGAACAUCGCCGCCAGUUUAUCAAUGCCAGUGAAGAAGCCUUCCGAGGUAGCUUGGAGAGCUCUCGGGUCGAUAACCGAAAGAACCACUUCUUUAUGUCGCAGCUCACCAACAGCACAGUACGACGCCAUUAUGAUGACGGUAAAGGUGAAGAAUCUGGAAAUGAAACACUCCAAGCCAUACAGAUCAAACAACGCCUAAUACAUGUCAUGAUGACUGACUGCCUCCUCAAUACUGCUCUGCAUAAGACACAUACCGUCGUUCGGAGCGACUUCGAAUGGUUCGGCCCAUCUCUCCCCCACGAUUCCAUACUGGCUACCCUGGAGUACUUUGGCGUCUCCAAAUCGUGGUUGAAGCUGUUCAAGUCCUUCCUUCGUGGGCCCAUCCGUUUCCAACAAGAUCCCUCUGGUGUCGUCCGUGUGCGCGAACGCGGCACGCCUGUCAACUACUCAAUUUCCCAGUUACUUGGCGAGGUCCUUCUUUUUGGUAUGGACUUCGCGGUCAACCAACGCGCCAACGGCCUGUAUCUCUACCGUCUUCACGACGACCUGUGGUUGUGGGACCCGGAUCAGGAGCGAUGCGAAGCUGCUUGGGCGGAGAUGUCCAAGUUUGCCUCCAUCACCGGUUUGAAGUUCAAUGAAAAGAAGACGGGCGCAGCGCGGGUUGGAGGAGAGCUCAGUGCGAAGCUCCCUCGUGGGGAUGUUCGUUGGGGAUUCCUCAAGUUCGAUGUUGAGCAGGCUCGCUUCACCAUUGACCAAGAGGAUGUCACGCCUCAUAUCGUUGAACUCAAGCGCCAGCUCGCUGCGACUAAGUCUGUCUUCGGAUGGGUAAACGUAUUCAAUCGAUACAUGGCCUUCUUCCGGAGGAACUUUGGCGGUCGCCCACCAGCAUGCUUCGGGCAACCUCUCAUCGAGGACAUUAUAGAUACCUUUGCGAGGAUCCAAAGGGAACUAUUCCCGGACCACGUCGGUGGCGCGAUCGGGUACCUCCAAUCCUUGAUCAAAACACGGUUCGGGGUGGACAACAUACCUGAGGGAUAUUUCUACUUCCCUAUCACCCAAGGGGGUCUCGAGCUCCGCAAUCCUAUGAUCGAGGCCUACGCUCUACAGAAAUCAGAUCGUGCAACAGAUCGGGCGAACGAACGGGAAAACUCUGACGACAACCUGCUUCCUACGGAGUUGUUUGUCAAGCAGAUGGAGGAGAAGGACAAGCAACAUUAUCGAGACCACCAAGAAAACUGGGACUCCGGGCGAACGACGAAGACGUUCCAGCUGGGCGCACCGGAUGAGUUUAUGUCAUUCGACGAGUACGUCAAGCAUAGGGAAACGCUCCUCGAGCACUGGCAAGAUCUCUGGCUGGAGAUGCUACGGGUACCCGAUCCCCGCGAUAUCACUCUACCCCCUGUGCUUCAAGCGCUACAGACGGGGUCCGGCAACGAUUAUUAUACUCACUACGUCCUUGCCCUUUACGGCGAAGAAUUGGUGCGGAUGUUCGGAAGCCUGGAACUAGUCGACGCAAACUUGAUUCCAGUCGGAAUGGUGGAUUUGUUCAAGACUUCAAAAUUGAAGUGGGAUCAGUAG